AUGCGGGUGCUGAAAUUUACACUUCUAAUUUGUGCAUUUGCUGGAUGUUGGCAACCGCUUUCAUGGACGUCGCUAUUUAAACAUAUAAUUUAUAAAACUUACGCAAUGUUUCUUGUCUCUGCAUUAUAUAUAUUUUCGAUAUCUCAAUUUAUGAACAUCGUAUUGAAUGUUGAAAAUUCUGACGAAUUUACUGAUUCUUUAUACAUGAUGUUGACUGUAUUCGUCGCAGGCUAUAAACAAGUUUAUAUGUGGAUAGAUCGCAAAAAUGUCAUGGUGAAAAUCAAUAUUCUUAUGGAAAAACCUUUCGCGGCAUGUGAAACACGUGAAAUAAUGAUUCAACAAAAAUUUGAGAAAAUGGUACAAAAUAAUACGUUGCGAUACUUGAUUCUCGUUCUGAUGACGAUUACAUCAAUAGUUUUGACAUCUGUUUGUACAGAACUUAAAAAUAGAAAUUUAACAUAUAAAGCAUGGGUGCCAUUCAACUAUUCAUAUCCUGCUGUGUAUUUGUUUGUAUACAUUCACCAAUUGAUAGGCAUGGCAAUCUCCGGUAUAGUAAAUGUCGCUUGUGAGAGUGUAAUUUGCGGACUUUUAUUGCAUAUCUGCUGCCAAAUUGAAAUUUUGGAGUAUCGAUUGACAAAAAUCACGCAUGAUGAAAGUAUUCUACACGACUGUAUUUAUCAUCACAACCGUAUCUUUAAAUAUGCAUAUACAGUGAAUAACAUGUUUGCAAAAAUAAUUGCUCUUCAAUUUGCGGUGAGCAUGUUAGUGGUAUGCUCGAAUUUAUAUCGAAUAGCUAUGGCAAAGGAUUAUGCGAUCAUUGUUUCAUUGAUGCUGUAUACAGGUGCCAUCCUAGCACAAAUUUUCAUCUAUUGUUGGUUUGGAAAUGAAGUUAAAAUAAAAAGUCUUCAUUUGGCAAAUAGUAUUUAUAACAAUGUAGAAUGGUCGACACUUAGUAAUAGAAGCAAAAAAGAUCUCCUGAUAAUCAUGAAACGUGCAAUGGCGCCUAUCGAAUUUAGUAGCAUGUAUAUACUUACAAUGAAUCUGGACUCAUUUGUAGCUUUACUUAAGAUGUCAUACUCCGCUUUCAAUUUACUACAUCAAACACAAGAAUAG